GCUGAUGAUGAUACUUAUAUACUGUCUAUGGAUGACACAGGAGUGUGAAAGUCAUGAAUGUAUUAAGAGAAAAGUGGGCAAGGCUGAAGAUGCUUGGUCAGCUUCCUAAUGAGAACAGGACUGAUAAGGAAAAUCUGACAUAUACUAGACACUGGAGGAGUUAGCUAACUCCAGAAGAUGGCAGUAGUGCAAAAUUAAGGCUGCAAGCUGUCGGUAAAAGACAAAGAAGAAGAAGUAGGCUAACCAGUAGCUAGCGCCGUGCCACAAGUUGCUGUUGUAAUAUGUUAGUAGCAGGUAGGACUGCUGUGGGAAGGUGGUGUCCUGCAAUACUGUUGCCAAAGCAUUUGGAUAAGGUAACUAGUUGGGGACAGGAGAGCAAAGUCUUUGACACUGUAUUUCUGCUGGUGAUUGAUUAUGCGGCGAGGGGAGCACGUUUCACGGGCUUUCCAGGCCCCGGUGGAUGUCCAUGCCAGUGCAGAUGGCCAGGUUUACAUGUUCAAUAGGAGGCCCAAUGAGUCUACUGUUUCCUCAGAUGAUGAGGAGCUUAACGUCAUGGAGAUGAGGCCGCGGGUUUUCCAAGAGCAAGAACAGGACAGUCUGGGGAACAUCCAGCUGCUGGAGCGGGAGUUGUUAGAUGGUGACAACCUCAACAAGCUUGCACUGCAAUAUGGCUGUAAGGUGGCAGAUAUAAAGCGGGUGAACAACCUUAUGCAGGGGCAAGAUUUAUUUGCACUGAAAUCUAUCAAAAUACCUGUUCAGAAACACAGCUUUUUAAUGGAGAUGUGCACAGACCUAGGUGACCCUCAAGGAGAAAUACCACAUUCAUCCACCCCACCAGUGAAGCCUCCAGACCGAGCCAGAGCCCAACCACAUCUACAGGAGGUCAAAGACUUUCUAAUGGAUGUGGACCACGAUAUUGAAAAACUGAUUCAGAUCACAAAUGAUCAAGAUGAGGAUUUCUUGUUAAACUCAGAAAAACAGCAAAGGUUUGGUUCCAGAGGACAGCGCCUGACCAGUCACGGUGCAGACUGGGGCAUCCAGUGGUGGAAUGCUGUAGUGGCCAUGCUCCUGAUAGGCAUCGUCCUGCCAUUAUUUUAUGUGAUUUAUUUUAAAACAAAAGAUAAUGGAGUAGUUUUACCAACGGAUGGUAGUGGUGCUUUACAGUCAUCCACCAUCUCGUCAAACUCCUCGGGGACAGGCCUUAGUACAAGAGGACCAGGAUAGUACAGACUCAGAAAACCAGAAUCAUUUUUGAAAACUGUUGGGUAAGAUGGUCUCAGAAGUAGGUGACAAUCAAGAUAAAGCAAUGCAAUACCACCACAUUUCAGUACAUGUCACCUUUUAAUGUUAUACUAUAAAUGCGAUGCCUGAGACAGAUACUUCAUUGAUUGUCUUGAAGUGAAAUGGCUGCACACUGUUCCCAUUUGUGUGACCAUUUAGGACACUAACGUUUUUUUUCAAACAGCUUUCAGAGUACUGUUUCCUAUUGAUCCUAUUGAUCCCUGAUCCUUUGUUUUCAAAACAGUUGUGUUGGGAUUACAGGUCCUCAGGUGCUUUACUAAAUGUGAGGUAUUAAAUGGUUGUGUCUUAAACCUCCUCACAUGACACACACUGAAUAAUUGCAAAUGGAAAAUGUAUUUGUCUGUGUAGACUUUAUCACAGCCUGCCUUUCCACCAGUGCCUGUUGUCAGUAUCAAGUGUCAUCAUAUCGGUGUCAUAUUGGGCGCAAUCUUGAUAUCUGUUCCAAUACAGUAAUAUAUUUUUAAACAUUUGCCUAAAAAUUAUAAAAUGAGAGACAAAUUGAAAGUUGAACUGUAUUUGACAUGGGAUUGAUCAUUAAUUGUGUGCCUUGUUUGAUUUAACUUAUUUGUGGUUGUGUUUUGUGUUUACAGUAAGAAUUUCGUGCAAUACACAUUUUAGUAGAUUAUAUGUAUUCACCUUGCAAUAUUUAAAAUACAAGGUGUUGCAUUUUGAAAAUGACAUUUAGUCAUCUAUAAUUUCCCUGAAUUAAGUGUGAAAUAUAAUUAAAAAAAAAGUACUUAAUUUUCAGGUUUAAACAGUAUUGCAUACUCCAUUUUACGUUGUUUGAUGGGUAAUUGAGUCCACCAUGAGCAGGUGGUGAAUUUGCGUGGCUUGUCCAAUGCACUUUUUAAAAUCUGAAGUAUUUUAAUUUAUGAAACUGGAUUUUGUUGACAUAUUUUUUUAAGUCAAUUUGAAAACAUUUUGAUGGAAAAAUUGACAUGAUUGAUGUGCAAGAACAUUUUUAUAAAGCAUGUUAGUAUUCUC